AUGUUGCAAUUCUUCAAUGAUCACAAUGUCAAGGUGACGAAGCAUAUGACUUCGAACCUGCUGAUGGCGUGCACCAUCAUCGGCACCAGUGUCUUUGCUUAUGGAUUCGACACUGCUGUACUGGACACCAUCCAGGCGAUGACUCCAUUCGAGAAGAGAUUUGGCGAGUUCGACCCCAAGACCAAGAAGUAUGGAUUCUCAGCCGACCAUCUAGCAUACUUCAACUCCUUCCCGCUCAUCCUCUUCGCCCUCGGUGUCAUUGUAGCCUCCCAAAUUGGCGAGCGCUUCGGCCGUAAGGCCGUACUCAUUAUCAUGAACUGCAUUUGCAUGUCCGGUAUCGCCGUCUGCUACACUUCCAAGACCUUUGGACAGAUCCUUGCCGGACGCAUGAUCAUCCAGAUGCACGUCGGCAUGGAGGCGUGGUGCGUGCCCAUGUUCACAGCCGAGAUCGUUCCCGCAGCAGUCCGAGGCAGGAUGGUAGCGUUCUACACCUUCAACCACAUCUUCGCUGCCUUCAUCGCGUCCAUCGUGACCAACAAGACCAGCACCUACAAGGACGAUAGCUCGUGGCAGAUCCCAAUCAUCUGCAUGUUCAUCUGGCCGGCUAUCGUCCUCCUCGGCGCCAUCCUGGUGCCUGAGUCGCCGCGUUGGCUCUUGCGGCGCGGACAGCAGGAGAAAGCCAGUCGCAACCUCCAAUAUCUCAAUGGCGCUGUAGAUGGGUACAGCGUCGAGGCCGAGAUAACCCUGCUCAACGAGGCCCUUGAGGCAAGUCGCAUGUCCAAGAUGGGCUCAUGGAAGGAGUUAGUCCGCGGACCCAACCUGAGACGUACCAUGACCGGUAUCGUUGCUUCCGCCUGCACCCAGCUCACGGGCCAGUCAUUUGCCUCGCAGUACGGUGCCAUCUUCCUCAAGUCGAUCAAUGUCAUGGAUGCCUUUACGGCCACCAUGAUCAAGCGUUCCUUCCUGGUCUUUGGCUGUCUGCUGGUCAUCUUCUUCAUUGACCGUGUUGGACGCCGCCGCUUCUUCCUUUUCUUUGGCUCCUUCUCGGCCGCUUCACUGCUCGCCAUGGGUGCACUAGGCUCUAUCAGCCCAGCCACCCUGGAGGUCAAGAAGGGCAUUGUUGCCAUGGCCAUGUUCUUCCCCUUCUGCUACAUCACUGCAUUUGCGUCGACCACCACCGUUGUCCAGGCCGAGGUACCCCAUACCACCCUUCGUGAUAAGUCUAUGAUGGUGUUUUGGACUUUCAACAACAUCUUCAACUUUGCCGCAACUUUUACGCUGCCGUAUCUGCUCAAGGCACCAUACGCCAACCUACAGUCCCGUGUCGGCUUCAUCUAUGGCGCCACCAGUCUGCUGGCCCUCAUCUGGGGCUACUUCUACCUUCCCGACCUCAAGGGCCGGUCCCUCGAGGAAAUUGAUGAGAUGUUCGAGGCUCGCGUACCUGCUCGCAAAUCAAGAGGCUGGAAGUCAUCCAACGCUGGCGCUAUCCUCACCGAGCUUGAGAAUAACCCUGAUGGUUUCACGGAGGCCAAGCUAAAGCAAUCUGAGCACCUCGAGUCUUCCGAGAAGGUUUAG